AUGCCAAAUGACCUACCUCUUUGCCACCUACCACACCUCGACCUCAAUUCGAACGGUCUAGAGCCCAAAAUUGGUGAAAGUCAGCCAAACUCACCUUCUGUCAUCGAUAUGGUGUACACAUACCCACUGCUGGCUGGCAAUAACACCUCCAAUCUCGACCGGCGCCUCGAUCGAGUAUUUCUGCGGGAAAGCGGACCUCAUGACCCAGAGCCACUCUAUCAGGUGGUUUCACAAGCGUCAGAACAAAGACAGGAUAAGAACCGUGUCAUACCCCGACGAGAUGGGAGAAAACUCAUCGGCAUACUGAGGACUUGGGAUCGAAUCGCAGACAUAACCCUUUCAGAAGUAUGGCUGGCAUACUGA